AUGGAUAGAAAAGGGAACAUGCGGCGCGCCACAUCGGCUGGAUACCGUUUACCAGACCGACCAAACGGUCCUCUCGCCUCGCAGUCCUCCGCCUCAGUGUUCAGGCAUUCAGGGGGCAGGACACGAAACACCGAGACACAGACGCACGACGAUGACACCCGAGACCCGGUAAAGCAGGACCAGGUUUGGAGAGAGUUCGUGCGCGCCGAGCGAACCGGAGUGAAGGAAUGGGAGAAGAACUGGAGUUUCCUCAAGAACUUUGACCAGCUGGGUCGUCCACGAACAGAAACUCCUCUCCCCAGCUCUACGUCUUUGUAUUCAGAUAGAGUCCCAAACACUAGUAACCAAAUGUUCGGCAGUGGUUUGUACACUGAGCUGGGCAAGGAGCUGAUUCGCAUGGACAAUCUGCUAAUCCUGACAACAAACCACCGCAAGACCAAAAGGAAUCCAGAGAUGCAACCUAGCUGAAGUUUACCAUGCACAGGGUCUGUAAAGAAACACUCCCUAUAGUGUCCCAACAUAGCUUUGUUCCAUUCUCUAGAGACUUUCCCCUGAGUCCUUCUGUUUGUCUUCUUGCCUCUCUGUCCAUAUGCAUAGACAAACUCAGACUGCUGUGAUGCUGCCAACCUCUGAAUACCAGGUUGUGUAUGUGUGUGUGUGUCUUCACAGUGUGGCAGUUGAGAACUUAGGUGAACGGUUUGUGUUUAUAUUAGAUUUUGUGUUGACAUUAAAAUUUAUUUCUCAGACUACUGUUAUUGUGGAGUCAGUAAAGAUUUUUAGAAUAGUCUGUUUGCAUAUCCAAUAUAUAUAAAUAUAUUGUAUAUUAAGGGAACACAGAUGGUAUUUAGUGUACAACUGCAAAUUAGUUCAGGGUAGUUAAGUGUGCUUUCUUUUUAUUUUUAUGUAGGCAAGCUCUACAUUGAGAGAAAUGGGACAACCCUCAAGGGAAAAGAUGCAUUAGUUGUCUUAGUUAAUUAUUCAAAACUGUGUCUUAGUUACUACUUCAAAGUUAAGUUUACAUAUAGUCCUAGCCAAUGGAGACAUUUUA